AUGGCCGACCAAGCGCCAUCACAGACUCCUGUCCCACCUUCGUCGCAACCACCACCUUUGUCACAGACUGGCUCCCAAGAACCUUCAGCAUCAUCUGCCUCAACAUCUGGUGAACCAGCAACGUCGUCCGGAGCGACAGCUCUUCCGAAACCUGACCCCGAUGCAACAGAUGGUCCUGCCUUGGACGCUUCCAUCGAACAAGAUAUCGAUCUAAACGCAAGCAACGACACCAAAAUGACAAACGCAAACGAUGCGGAAGACCCUACCGUAGGGAAUCCGAUUCAAACUGCGACGUCAGUCGACGCUUUUGCGGCGGCAGCAGCGCCAUCGAAGAAGGAGACGAGCUUGCGCGAGUUCCUGGGUAAAAUGGAUGAGUAUGCGCCUAUUAUCCCUGACGCUGUAACAGCACAUUAUCUUACCCUUGCCGGUCUACCACCCCCAGGAAAUGGCCCCAACCAAACACCCCCACACUUGGCCCGACUUCUUGCUUUAGCAACCCAGAAAUUUAUCGCGGAUAUCGCCGCGGACUCCUACCAGUACGCGCGUAUUCGGGCUUCUAAUAGUUCCUCCGCCAGCAACCCAAUGGGCAGUCUUAACGCUGCGUCGGGUCUCGGUAUGCCCGCUGGUGCGUCUGGCGCAGGUGCAGCAAGUGGUGCUGCUGGCGCUUCGGGUGGAGAUGCAGGCAAGGGCAAAGCCAAUACACAUUUGGGAAUUCAAAGGCCCGGCUUUGGCGGUGGUGGCUCAGGAGGCUCAGGGCAGGGACGGACGGUGCUCACCAUGGAAGAUCUGGGAAUGGCGGUUGCCGAGUACGGCGUGAGUGUUAAGAGAGGCGAGUUCUACCGGUAG